AUGUCUAACUUUGACAAGACCAAGUUGAAGAAGACCGAGACACAAGAGAAAAACCCCUUGCCCACCAAAGAAACUAUCGAACAGGAGAAGCAAGCAACAGCAUGAAGCCCAAGCCUCUGCUAUGCACUGUACAUUCCACAAGCAUUGCAUUUUCAUCUCUUAGCUGUGUAACCCAAAACCUAAGUUGCAUUGUGAUUGGACAAAAGCAAUGACUGUACAGCCCCUCUCUAGAACUUAUU